ACAGUGCUCACAUCUAUCUCGCUAACAUGUUAUUAUGGGCGUUAGACCCGACUUUUUCCUUGCUCGCUGAAUUGAAUGGCAGUGUUACCUGUUCAAACAAGUGCCUUCUCUUUAAAGAAAAGCGUAAAGGCUGAAGCUCAGGACAACAACAUGGCCAACAGUAUAGGGGGAGAACAAUGAACCGCACGGAUACAAUUAGUCAAGAUGAUAAUUUAAGAUCCAAGCACUCACAUCUGGAGCAUCAUGGAGACGUCUCAAACAUUUCAGGAAGGAGAAACGGGCCACACACCGAUGGUUCAUCAUCCAGCCAUCUUUCUACAUCCCACGAACCAGUUUUAAAACCUCAAGGAAGAGAUGGCACGAGGUGUCAAAGCAGAGAAGUUCUUCUAAAUCUCCUCCAACCACCCGGAUUAAAAGUGAUGCAUGUCCAGCAGGGUAAUUGUACUUCAUCAUAUCAGGAUAGCGACAAGAUAUUUUUUAAACCCGAUUUGUAUGGCUCGUAUUGUGUGCGAUGUUCUAACAUUAAUCAGACUUCACGUAGCCCUAUUGACAGACGCCGAAAAAUGAUUCGAGAAUGGAAUCAGAGAGCCUGGUACAAUACUUCCAUGAACUUAGACACCAAAGCUCAGGAGCAGAACACAUCUAUCAACAGGGACACGAGAGAAGACCACUCUCACAGUCAUGAAAUUGCUAUGAGUUUUCCAUGUCCUGGAGAACACCUUUCACGAACGACCACAACCAAGAAGAACUCCCUCUCCGCAACAGUUAACUAUCAAGAACGCGAGAAAAGGAAACGACUUCUUCAUCAAGAUGAACUGCCAUUGCACAAGGAUCUGUGCCAAAAUCUUUCAGGCUAUCAUCAACAACAUGCCAGACAGACUUGCUUCAGGAAUGACAGUUAUACCAACGAUCCUAAGGCUCCUUUACACAAAGGUGGGGAUAUUGAAGAUAACAUCACCAUACGAGUCGACAGAAACUUAAAUAAGAAAGAUGAUCCGAAACGUAUUCGAGGAUCCAACUGGCAUCUUGAAAGUCGACAUUCUUUGAAGAGUAAACAUCCGAUUUCUGAGCAAAAAGUUGUCCAUGAUCAACCAGAGAAGGGAGUCACAGGUUCCAGCAGCUGUACUGCUGUUGCUCAAACUUCAACUGAAAAUGGAAAUGAUGCGUUUGGGGCAGUUUACGAGAAAACUCAUACACGUCCACCCUCGACAUCUCAAGAUGACAGAUUGAACCAAAAUUUAUCUCCACUGAAUAACUAUCGUCAUGAGAAGUUUCGUACCCGGAACAAAUUGGGGUCAUCACCCGUAAAAUCGCCUAAUGGACCAGAACAUCUCAAUGAGGAAAAGGGAUUCGAGAAACCCUCGGAAUAUGACAAUCAAGCUCUUCACAAUUCUUCACAUGAAAAUUCUCAAGAGAGUGGAAGCCAAAGUGACGAAUGCACUCCAGUAAUUGUCCAGUGUUACAGUCUCUCUGUUUUACCUCCAGCCUUGCAGUCUACAACGACGGAAGAUCCCCAAUUCAUGGAAGUGCAAAAUGCUGACCUAAGAACCAACAUUGGUAAUGAGGAUGGGAAGGAAGUACCUGGUCCUUUUCGCUGUUCUUACCACCGAAAUUCUCCUGAGAAACACGAAUCCAUUUGCUGUGGCUUGGAAAGUCACAAAGAUUUUCCAUACAGUCCACCGGUCUACUGCCCAAGAAGUAGCACAGAAUCACACCAUGGUCGACAAGAUUUAAUAGUAAAAAAACCAAAGCGUCCUGUAGACCAAUUACCAACCUCUGAGCCAGUUGACCUUGAAGAACAGAAUUUACCUGGCAGAGAAAUUUCAUCCCCACACCCUCAAACAAAAUGCACCUGGCAUCCUAAUCAGCAAACAUUCAAAAGCGGGCGCAAGAGACGACAAGACCAUGGCCCUUGGUUGGAGCCACAGGUUAAAGCUUCACCCGGUGUUUCCGAUCAAGAAACUUCGCGUUUUCCAAAUGAUACCCAAGUGACUCGAUCCUCCGUGCACGAUGGUCAGGAGUCAAAAGAGACGUCUCCCAACUGGUAUACCAAGCACGUACAACAUGGGGGUAGUCGUGCUCUUGAAAUUCACGACUAUUACGAAGAGAGACGGAUUCUAGUCGAGAAGGUUUGCCAACAUACUCGUGGAUCAGAAGAAGAUAUCAAAUGCAACCAGGACUCGACCAGCACGUAUGAAUGUUCAGGACAAUUUUGCCAGACUGACCAUUACCAAGCAAGUUCCUCAGGGACUGAAGUACGCCAUAAACCAGUUUGCGACGAGAGUACCUUCCAACCUUGUUCUCAUCAACGGGAAAAUGCUGUUGGGAGUAGGAAAAGGAAGAGCCGACAACCACGUCCUCAGAGAUUAAGAACUGAUGAUCCACAUCUAGCAAAGGAAACCUAUCGGCAUCCAAAUUCACAGCUGGAGACUCGCCACAAGGAAUUUUCCUGCCGUGAAAACGUUUAUCAGGAAAGGUUCUCAUACCAGCCCGAGGGCGAUGCAUCAGUGUCUAAAGACAGAUGUGAAAAAAGAACAGAAAUUUCCAGAGUUUAUGGUAAUGGUAGAAAGAUUUUCUCCCAAGAAGACACUGGUCUUGGUCAACGUCACUCUCCUACAAGACACGAUUAUGUGUUCCAAAGAAACUCACCAACACAAGUAUUAUGCAGCAAAGAAUUCGCUCUGAGAAAGUAUCCACCAAAGGGUACCUCAUUUCCUGAAAGACGGAACAGCGACCCGUCCAGCGAAAAUUACCCGCAGUUCGUUGAGUUUCCACGCCAUCCGCAUGUCAUUUCACCUCGUGAACUGGAAGCUAGGCACAAACAGACCCAGUUCAUUCCAUAUCCAACAAAUUCACAUGGCCAAUCAAAGUCGCCGAACAAGCCCUUUAUACAUUCAAAUGCCACAAGAAGUUCUUUCAACAGUGGCUGCAAUGGCGUUACACCACAACACUGGCACGGCCCCAUAUGGAUGAUUGGUCCAGUAGGUAACCUUGGACGUUUUGAGGAAAUUGGUUCUAGUUAUGACAGAGUGUCUUUCGGCCAAUGUGAUCCGUCAAGGGGCAGCGUUCCCAGCGCUGCAGAUUCUUCGUGGAGUACUCCAGCUACAAAUGCACAUGGUGAGCUCCACGGUUACCAUUUUGAUCAUCGCGGAAUUACAGCAAAGGGUAAAGCGCCAAACAAACCUUCAGAAACUCAACCAUCAUCCCCAGGAGGCAAGGGAUGUGAUUCCAGUAACCCCGUAGAAGACACAGUUCAACCGGCCUAUAACAAAUCAUUUACUUCCGUUGAAGCCACCGUCACUACGGAGGCAGAAAGCGAAAAGACACAACAGCGUAAUGGGUCUUUUUCAGAAGAUCACACCUUCCUCAUUCACACGCAGGAAGUGCAGACCGAUUACACUGCACCUACCACGAAAGAGAAAAGGUUUGUUUGCCGAUACUGUAGCAAGAAAUUUGCGCAUUUUUCCACUCUCCAAAAUCACCUCCGCACACACACAGGUGAUAAACCUUUUCAGUGCAAUUUCUGUGGUCGCAGAUUUGCCCAGUCAGGAGUCCUAAAGGCGCACCUACGAACGCAUACUGGCGAUAAACCGUUCGCCUGCAUGUACUGUGGAAAAGUGUUUGCGCAAAGCACGACGCUAACAAACCACUUGAGAACGCACACAGGCCACAAGCCCUACAUUUGUAAUUAUUGUGGCAAAUCAUUCUCUCAGCCUUCCACGCUCAGGAAGCAUGAACUUUCUCACACAAAAGAACGGCCGUAUCCGUGUAAAUUCUGUGGAAAGGCUUUUGCCCAGCAAUCGACGUUGACCAACCAUAUGCGUUCUCACACUGGACAGCGGCCGUACAAGUGUCACUUUUGCGACAAGAGCUUUGCUCAGUUGAGUACACUGGACCGUCACUUGCGCCUCCACUCAAGUGUGAGUCUCAAGCCACAUCAAUGCCAAUACUGCAGUAAGAGUUUUAGUUAUAUUUCCAAUCUGGCCUCUCAUAUGCGGAAUCACGAACAGGAGUUAGAGUCUUGUAAAUGAAAGGGUCACCCCUCCAUUCCAAAGCCCUCGCUUGGAUGGCUUUCCUUCCAGCAGCGGUUUUCCAUAGUAGCCUCCUAGUACAAUAUCUAAAAAGACUGUGGUGAGCAAAAUAAGCUAUUUCUUAUAAUAAUCAAAUCCUGAACCUCUCGAGAGUUCUCUCAUAUGAGACACCCUUGUUCUUUAAGCCUCAUCUGUAUAGUAUGAUGAUAUCAACAGUGCGUUGCCUUAGUUUUAGGUACCUUAUUUAAUCCUCCUUCAAUCUUGAGACUGGAAUCUUUAGUUAAACCUCAACAGGACAAUCUUAUUGUCAAUAUUAAAGAACUUAGUUUUGUAAUAGCUGACAAAUUAGUCUUCAGAGUCCCCCUCUAUUACCAAUCAUGUAGAUUAACUUUUUGCUCCCAGUAGUUCUGUAAGAACGAUGAUUGACAGGUCUUAUGUCCACUUUGUAGACUUCUUUUUGGGUCUUUUUCUUAUACAAAAGGCCUAUUGAUGCCCGGAAAAAAUUGCUUCAUUGGAAAUGUCUUAUAAGAUCUACGCCAAGGCUUUCUUUGUUGACGAGAUUUGCUACGAGACAAUUUGAAAUUAUCGGACGAUAAGAUGCAAAAAAUCAACCUGGAUUACUCAACAUUAAUCUUUUUUAUCUUUUUUUAUUCAACGAGGAACUUGUUUAAAUUGUGCUGCGAAUCUGUUUUCAGGAUACCAUUGUUCAUCAACUGAAAAAUUAAUAUUACAUUGUCAAAUAUUGUUUCGAAACCUAUUUAAUUUGCUAUGGUCAAUUUUGCUGAUACCCCGAAAAAAAUAUCGACUUCGGAUGAAAAUGUUUUAAGGUUCCUAAUUUGCAAGCAGAGAAAAUAUGUAGAGUGACAUAUCCUUUAUCAUUUAACAGUUCAUAGGAAGAAAAUAUUUUUUUUAGUGUUCGUUAACUAAUGAACACUUCAGAUAUUUAAUAUACUGGGCAACAAAGCAAAGAAUUAUGUUAUCUGCGCAACAAGAUGGUUUCAAAAUAUUGUACAGUUUCUGUUUUGCUGACAUAUUUCUGCAGCAGUAAUAAUACUAAGUUGAUAACGAGAAUAUCCGAUAGGUAUUCGAAGUUAAUUGCACAAACUACAAAUAGAGCAAACAUUGAGGAAUAUGCGUUUGUAAAGUCGAGUUAAUGACACAAUCCUUGCCGCAGCAUUUUUGAAGGACGGCAUUUUUUUUUAACUUCGGUACAAUAAUGGUCAUGAUCUUUAUAAUUAACCUAAGGUUAUCAAAGAUUUGUUUAGAGAAGUUAAAUCACGUCGAGAUCAAGAUGUGCUAUGCUUACGGGAUUGACAAAAUUAAUGAGGUUCACCCUUCAACAUUAGGUGUCCUCUCUGAAAAAAAAUUAUGCUGAAAGACGCCUCAUUAAGCAAUAUAUGAAAUAAGCGAAAAUCCAAUCGCAUAUGAUUUACCUGGUGAAGAACUGCUGAGAGUUGCGACAUUCAAUCCUGAGAAAAAUCGAAAGGAUAUAAAUAUGAAGAAUCAAGUAUAACAAGUCAGACUUGUUACACUUUGAAACAAGUUUAUUUAAAUUAAACAGUCUCGAUUUGGACUAUAAACUAAAUUUGCUAACAGAUGUUUAGAAUAACAAAGAUUUAGAGGACCUUUUAUUUUAGAUAUUAAGAAUAGUAUAUUAGAGAGGCAUUUUUCUUUGUAUUUUCGUUUUAAAAAGUAUGUAUAGCUGUUGAUGGCUUUUUAUCUCUUUAUAUGAAUAAUGAAGGUAUUUAAUAUAGUAAGCUUGGGCCCAGAUUACUUUGUUUCCCUUUUGAUUAGGUACAUGAUCGUGUUGUUUUGCAACAUGCGAAGACGAAAUAAAAUGUAAAUGCAUGGCC